AUGUUUUCCCAAUCCUUAUUUUGUUUCUGUCACCACUGUCCGGGUACUUCAUUUUCCCUUAGACGAAUGGCCAGCACAAUUUUUGCUCUAAGCUCAGGUUCUCCGCCUUCUGCAAUUGCUGUGCUCAGAAUUUCUGGAACUGAAAGUGAAUCUGCUUUGCGUCAACUUACUCAAAAACAUUCUGAGCGAUUUAAACCUUUCCGAUUAUUUUACACUCCAAUUUUUGAUAAGGAAGGGCGUUUGUUGGACAAAGCGAUGGCCUGUUUUAUGAAAGGCCCCAAAACGUUUACCGGUGAAGAUAGUGCCGAGCUUUACGUUCACGGUAGUCGUGCUGUUAUUGAUGCUGUCUGUGCAACAUUGGCUAAUUUAGAAGGACUUGAACCGGCUAGAGCUGGGGAAUUUACUCGAAGAGCCUUUUACAAUGGAAAAAUGAAUGCAGCAGAAGUUGAGGCUCUUGGUGAUUUAAUAAAUGCACAAUCAGAAGCACAAGUAAUUUUUAAUAAUUUUUCAAGCUCUCAGAUCUUAUGUGAAAUAAAAUCCAAUAAAUAA